AUGACGCUGGCUUUGUUGAUAUGCGAUCAUUUUCAGAGCAGAAUGGCUCGCUUUGAUCGAGUAUGGAGUCUUCGUAGACCAAACYUUGGCUGGUUUGAAGUUAUUCUCUUCGAUAACAGUCAGUCAAGAUAUUGGAAGGAACAUUUUAGAAUGAGCAAGAGAACAUUUAUGGAACUGGUAAAUCUGGUAAGCCCGUACAUAAGUAGAAGAAACACAAGACUACGGGAAGCUGUCUCUACCCCGAAACGCGUAGCUAUUGCUUUGUGGCGUCUUGCGACAGGGAACAGCUUUCGCAGUAUUGGGACACACUUCGAUGUAGGAAAAUCAACCUGUGUGACGAUAACUAAAGAAUUUUGCGAGGCUCUGAUACGAUUUCAACGUCGUUUUAUUAAACUACCUGUGAACUKCCGUGACACUGCAAGAGCCAUUGCCUUAUUUCAAGAUCAUUGCAGAAUUCCGCAAGCUAUAGGUGCGAUCGAUGGUACACACAUAGAAAUACUUGCUCCAGAAGAUCCAUUUGAUUAUUUUGAUCGCCAGCAUCGGUACAGCAUUAUUAUAGUUGGCGAAAAUUUGAUGUCUUUGGACACCGAGAUUGGAUUUCCCGGAAGCAUGCAUGACGCAAGGUCCUACGAAACUCUGAAAUAUUUCCAAACGCUGAGCAUAAUGGAGUCCUUAAAGAGCCAGUCAUCGUCAAAAAUGGCAUAG